CUUCCCCUCGGGUCACGCGGGGCCGGAAGCGGCGGCAGCUGCCGAGAAUCCGAGAUGGGGACCUCCCUGGACAUCAAGAUUAAGAGAGCGAAUAAAGUGUAUCACGCCGGGACGCUUCCCCAGCAUCUAAGAUGUGACAAGCCCAGGAACAGAAUCAGCACGCGUUCAGCGUACCGGUCACGGUCUUUCUGCACUGAAGCAUCACAGUGUUACCUGCAGCACUCCCAGGAAGCAGCAGGCCUGUCUGUGUGCAUAAAGAGAGACACCGCACAGAGCAGGAGCAGCGUGCCAGUGUUCCAUGGACACGCUUAGGAAUCUGCGGAGCUGAGUCCAGAAUCCAGGCGCUGUCAUUAGGAGGGCGAGCAGAUUCCACGUUGUGGUUCCUCACCGGGACAACAUGAGUGAUUCUGUCUGCCUGCAAAACCCUGUACCUGUACUCCCACGGUACCGGGGCUGGGCCGGCAGGUUGCUGCUGUGGUCACUGAGCAAGUAUGUGUCAUUGUAUGGCAGUCACUGUGCCUGCAGACCGGGGGUACUGUCACUCAGGAUCAGGCUAAAAUGGGUAGCAGGUACCUCAGCAAACCAAACUCAGGUACUGCGGGCUCCGGCAAGCCCGUGCGAAAGUCGCAUCCUUAGGAACUAAAUUUUCUACCAGUGCUGUUGCGAUGCACAAAGAAAAUGAAAAACAUGUAUGCUGUUAGCCCCACCUGCUGCCGGCAGAGAGUGAGGAAAUGCUCUCCGGGGUGGUGGUCGUAACCAGUAAGGACUCAGUCCAGCACCAGGGCGUGACUUUGACCAUGGAGGGAGCCGUGAACCUCCAGCUGAGCGCCAAAAGCGUGGGUGUCUUUGAAGCUUUCUACAACUCCGUGAAGCCCAUCCAGAUUCUCAGCAGCACCAUCGAGAUGGUGAAGCCGGGAAAGUUUCCCAGCGGCAAGACGGAAAUUCCUUUUGAGUUCCCUCUGCACGUGAAGGGCGGCAAGGUGCUGUACGAAACGUACCACGGCGUGUUUGUCAACAUCCAGUACACACUGCGCUGCGACAUGAGGCGGUCCCUGCUGGCCAAGGACCUGACGAAGACCUGUGAAUUCAUCGUCCACUCGGCCCCGCAGCAGGGGAAGGUGACUCCGAGUCCCGUGGACUUCACCAUCACCCCGGAGACCUUGCAGAACGUCAAAGAGAGAGCCUUGCUCCCCAAAUUCCUCAUCCGAGGACACCUCAACUCCACCAACUGCGUUAUCACACAGCCGCUGACGGGGGAGCUGGUGGUGGAGCACUCGGACGCCGCCAUCCGCAGCGUGGAGCUGCAGCUGGUCCGCGUGGAGACCUGUGGGUGCGCAGAAGGCUACGCCCGCGACGCCACGGAGAUCCAAAACAUCCAGAUCGCCGACGGGGACGUGUGCCGGGGCCUCUCCGUGCCCAUCCACAUGGUCUUCCCCAGGCUCUUCACCUGCCCCACGCUGGAGACCACCAACUUCAAAGUGGAGUUCGAGGUCAACGUCGUCGUGCUGCUGCAGGCCGACCACCUGAUCACGGAGAACUUCCCACUGAAGCUCUGCAGGGCCUAGGCGGGCCGCGGCAGGUGCAGAGGCACGCCCAGGGCAGCCAGCGCCGCAGCCGGAGCGGAGCAGCCGGUCCACACCGCCUUUCUCGGAAGUGGGCCUGCUGCCUGUCUUGACGGCGCCUUCCCGGCCUGGCCAGUCUGCACGGUCUUGGCAAGGCCCCGUCAGGCGCGUUUCUUGUGGCUUCUGACCUGUGCCUUGCUGGGCCUCCCCAAACUGUCGUCCCCGCAGCGUGGGCUUGGCUGUGAAGGGGGCCCGUGGGGGCAGGAGGGCCCCCUCUCCGACUCGCACAUGGAUGGCCAGGGACAUUCCUCGCCUAGGAAGUCCGAGCAGCGCAGCGAGCCGCCGAGGAAGCGCGCCAGGUGGCGUCCCCUUGGCUCCCACUCUGUUCCGCGGUUCUUUUUUUAACAUUUUCCACGCCAUCUUCAGAACUGCGGUCUCGAGACCCGCGACCUGAGCCAGGCCUUCUGAGCUGAAGCCUCCCUCGUGGCGGGUGCCAGCCCCUUUCUUCCUUCGAACCCUGCUGUGAGCUGCCCGCGGCGAAAGGCCUCACCACUCACCAGGCUGCUGUGCACACUGAGGGGCAGGCCUGGCGGCCCGGAACACGCGUGGUGCGGGGGACCGGGAGGCCGGACAAGCCCCGCCCGCACCGCCGCCUCACCGGGACACUGAUCCGACUGCUGGUUGUCAGAGCGCAAGCUGCUGGCUUACGAUGUCCCCUUACGCCCCACGGUUUGUAAGGACCUGCAGUGACGGUGCGUGUGAGUGGCAGGGAGCAGAGGCGUGCACCUUCUGGGGAAUUUCACGAAGAAAUCACUUAUGCUGGAAUUAAACGGGCACCAAACGGA